ACAGAAAGCGGCGGAGCGGCGAACCAAACGGCCUGAACCGGUUGAACCGGCUUCCUGCGGCGGAGCGGCGGCCUCACCGGGCGGCGGGCGGUUCGGGGUCAGACUGCGGAAGUCCGGGCAGGGUCGGGUCUGACGGUGCGGGAGCCGCGGCGGGACGUGCGGAGCGGCUUCAUGUGUUUCUGUCUGCUGACGUGAUUUACCUCGGAGCGGAAACCCCGCGGCGUCCGCUCCGUCAGACGCUCCGCUCACAUUUGAUUAAGUUUAUUUUAUAAGAAAAAAUAUAUAAAAACUGCGGUUUCCAAAUCAGUCGCAUCGCCGAGUCCGUCUGAGCCUCGUCAAGCCAGCAGGAAGCUACGGGGAGGGUCCCGACGUAGAUUUUCUAAAUAAAAGCCCCGUCACAAUGCGUAGCUGAAGCCGCUGCCCUGGAGAUACACCCUUGCCGCAGCCUCCGCAGUUCUCCCGGAGCCGCCGGGUGAUGGAGGUCUGGCGGCGUCCCGGCUCUCAGGCGGCCGGCGGCAGGUAGCGGACCGGCGUGUGACGGCAUGCGGGCGGACGUGGAGUACAGCCCGGUGGGGCAGGGCCAGGGGCUCGGCCUGGGCGUCAGCGACUUCUGGCUGUACGUGUGGAUGCGCAGGGCGGCCGUGGUCGCGGCUCAUGUCACCGGCCUGGGACUGGCCGUCCUCAUCUCCCUGCUGUCCCGCCCCGGAACCAGUCUGUUUUCCUGGCAUCCAGUGUGCAUGUCUGUCGCGUACUGCCUCUGUAUGACGGAGGGCGUCCUCCUCUUCUCCGCCGAAGGAUCUCUGUUCUGCUUCAAGUCUCGUCAGGGGAAAGUCCGUCUGCACUGGUUCUGUCAGACUCUGGUCGUGCUGCUCGCCGCCACCGGCGUCUGCUUCAUGGUGGCCAGCAAGAACGUGUCGGAGCGCCCCCACCUGGCCACCUGGCACAGCCUGCUGGGCGUGGGCACGGUGGUCGCCACCCUGGUGCAGUCGGCCUGUGGCGUCUGCCUGCUCUUCCCCAAGCUGCUUCUGCGCAAGGCGUCCUCACCGCGGCUCAAGCUGUACCACGCCACCUGCGGCCUGGUGGCCUACCUGCUGGCCACGGUGACGGUGGUGGCGGCCAUGUUCUCCGACUGGUUCCAGGCCACGGUGAAGGGGCCGGCGUGGUGGGCCUUCCUGCUGCUGCCCAUCUUCCCCGCGCUGGUGGUGAUGAACCAGAUCACCAACGCCUACCUGCCCCGCAAGAAGAUCACCAGCUAGGAGAGAGCACGCUGUGUGUGUGUGUGUGUGUGUGUGUGUGUGUGUGUGUGUCAUGUGAUUCACCAGGUACUGAUGAUGUGUGGGACGUCCCGCCCGGAGGACACAGACACAGAAAAAAGAGGAGGAAAAAGAGUCCAGCUCAACUUGAACUUGGAUAAACUGUUUUUUUUUUUUUUUUUAAAUCAACACCAAAAUUAUCUUUGGAUGUCAUGAAGAGAUGGGCAAAAUGUUAAAGGAAAAAUCCAAACUAACGUCAUGCUACCGACUAAAGCUGGUGUGUUUUUAUGCUUCCUGUGGAUAACUGGCCCAAAAUAGACACUGGAAUGUCACAUUAAUCUGUAUAUCUAUCUAUGUAUCUAUCUAGACAGAUAGAGAUAUACAUAUGUCCACUCCCUCAGCUCCAGUCUGUCCAGUCUGAUGCAGCUCAGCUCAGCAGCUCUGCCAUAAA